UCAACAUCAAAAGGGGAGGCAUGGGAGAACACCGCAGCCCUAACCGAGGUGACAACAGCGCAGGAUGACCCGAUUGCUGAUGAUGAGGUCAAGGAUGACCUUGAGUUGGGUCCGGUGCGGCUGGUGCGGCCUGUCGUAGCAUAUGCUAUUAGCGCUGCAAUAGAAGAAGCACGAGCGGUCGCAGCCGGACAACAACCAGCUGAACAACAACCAGUUGAACAACAACCAGCUGAACAACAACCAGCUGAGCAACAACCAGCUGAGCAACAACCAGCUCAACAACAACCAGCUCAACAACAACCAGCUGAACAACAACCAGCCCCCUUACAACAACCAGCUCUUGUACUACAACUCCCUAAACAACAACCUCCUGCACGAUCCAUCGAACAACAACAAGGUCUAGAGCAAACCAGCGAAGGACAACAACUUGAACUUAGAGCCUGCGCCAUCAGGCCUGAACCCAUUCCUGUCCCCGAAGCACCUUCCACUAGCAAUGAGUGUCAGGAAACCGUCCAUGGGGAGACUCCAACAACUCAUAAAGAAGCUAACUUAGAAAAAGAAGUAAAUAGUGUCCGUGAAGCCAAUGUGUUUGAAUACACUGUUGAAGUUAGCAUAGAAAAUCAAAUAGAAGAUGAAAGACAGUCUGAUGAUGAAGAAAAACUCAUUUAUGAAGAUGAUAGUCUUGAAGAUUCUCAAGAAAAACCCCCAGAAAUAAACAGUGAAGUAAAAGAAAACCCAUAUAGUUGUGAUAUAUGUAAGGAAAAGUUUGAGUCGAAGAUGGAUUUAAUAGAACAUGUUAUGGUACAUAUACACAUGGAGGAAGAAGACAAACAUGAUGUCGACAAUGUGUCAAGCACAGAAGAUAAGGAUGAUGUGAGUGAAAAUAGGACAAGUAUAGAAAUUGAAGAAGAAAAGAUUGAUAUUGUAGAGAAUAUGCCAUACACAGAGACAGAAGACAAAGACAAUGUUGUUGAAGUCUUGCCAAGCAUCGAGCAUGAUGUUGCUAUAAUUAUGCAAAGCAUGGAACAAGAAGAGGACAAGAAUGAUGUUGAAAUCAUGCCAACAGAACAGGAAGACAAAGAUGAUGUUGAAAUCAUACCAAGUACGGAGCAUGCUGUUGAAGUCCUGCCAAGCAUAGACCAUGAUGUUGCUGUAAUAAUGCAAAGCAUGGAACAAGACGAGGACAAGCAUGACGUUGAUAUCAUACCAAGUAAGGAGGAUGAAGUUGAAAUCUUGCCAAGUACGGAGCAUGAUGUUGAAAUCCUGCCAAAUACGGAGCAUGAUGUUGAAAUCCUACCAAGUACGGAGCAUAAUGUUGAAAUCCUGCCAACAGAACAGGAAGACAAAGAUGAUGUUGAAAUCAUACCAAGUACGGAGCAUGCUGUUGAAGUCCUGCCAAGCAUAGACCACGAUGUUGAUGUAAUCAUGCAAAGCAUCGAACAACAAGACGACAAACAUGAUGUUGAAAUCGUGCCUAACAUGGAGCAUGAUGUUGAAAUUGUGCCAAGCACAACAAAGGAUGACAAAGAUGAUGUUAUCGAAAUCAUGCCAAGUACAGAACAGGAAGACAAAGAUGUUGAAAUCGUGCCAAGUACAGAAGAUAAGCAUGAUGUUGAAAUCAUUCCAACAACAGACCAAGGGGAUAAAGGCAAUUUAAUCGAAAUGUUGCCAAGUAAGGAGCCGGAGGAAAAGGCUGAAAUUAUAGAUCUUUGUGAUGAUGAUGAAGACGAAGAGAAUAUGCCGAGUGUGGAGAUUGAAGUGGAUAAGCCUGUUGAAGAAAAAGAACAACCAAGCCCGCUGCAAAAGUUCGUGCCGCGUGACUGCUUCGUAAGACUCGAGCGCUGCGACAUCUCACGCUACAUAAUAACACCCCGGGAGCCCCCCAAAAGCUCCAGCGCACCUCCCGAAACAAACCACAAGGACACUGACAAACACCAACAUAAUAUAGACACAAACACAUACGACUGCGAUACAUGUGGCAGAUCAUACAGGCAGAAACAUCAUCUCAAACGACAUGUCAAAAUGCAUUUGCGGACACAAUUUAAAAAGCCAAAGAAACGAAAAGAGUUCAAAGAACCGCUUUUCCCUUGUGUAAUAUGCAACAAAAAGUUCACGCGACCAUACUCAUUACGGAUGCAUGAAAGAAUUCACACAGGGUACAAGCCAUAUUCCUGUGAGUACUGUGAUAAACAAUUCUCAGUUAUAGGAAACUAUAUAAUACAUAAACGCGUCCAUACAGGUGUAAGACCGUACUCUUGCAAGUUGUGUAAAAAAACGUUCGCGCAAGUCGGCCAUUUGAGGACGCAUCAACGAAGCCACACUGGAGAGAAGCCUUAUUCCUGCGAUAUUUGCAAAAAGAGUUUUACGCGCUCCACUCAAUUAAAAUCACAUAUGCGGAUACACACCGGUGAGACGCCUUACUCAUGUGAGACAUGCCACAGACAGUUCAAGGAAUUGGGCGCUUUAAAAAUACAUAUAAGAAUACAUACUGGGGAGAAGCCAUACUCUUGCGAAGUAUGUAAAAAAGGUUUCUCGCAAUCAAGCGCUUUAAACGUGCAUAAACGAAUACACACCGGUGAGAGGCCUUACGGUUGCGAAACAUGCCAAAAGCGGUUCUCAGAUUUGAGUACUUUAAAGGCACAUAGGCGUAUACACACAGGGGAAAAACCGUACUCCUGUAAGAUGUGCAAUAAGGCAUUUACGCAAUUGGCUAAUUUAAGGAUGCAUGAAUGGCGAAACUCGUGUACAAAAAAAGAUGAAGCUGUUAAGCCUUUUCCCUGAAAGGCUGAACUGUGUUCUAGUUGUUAAUGCAGUAUUUAUUUUUUUAUUGUCUGAACAAACUUGUCCAUGUUAACCUGACCAACUUGUCAAAAAAGUCUUGCUUUUGUUGUAUUAGUCUAUUAUUUGUUAUUCUUCUUGUUAAAUAGAAACAAAGAGGAUAUAAUAGGAUAGAGCGGUACUGUCAUAGUAAAUUUUGUAGCCACACGAUUAAAACUAAAAAUAUCCUCUAAAAUGUAUUUAUAUAUGGAUAAAUGAUUUUUUUUAU